GGAAGAGACAGUCGCACAAUAUCAGCUCCACAAAAAGCCUCACCUCCUCCCUUUUGCCCAUCAGGAUGCCUGAAGCUUCGGUCCCUGCUUGUUUCCUGUGCCUUCUUGCCCUCUCCUCAGCCUGCUACAUCCAGAACUGCCCCAGAGGGGGCAAGAGGUCCUACCCCGACACAGAACUCCGACAGUGCAUGCAGUGUGGGCCGGGAAACAGAGGCAACUGCUUCGGGCCGAACAUUUGCUGCGGAGAAGAUAUGGGGUGUUACAUCGGCACCCCCGAGACCCUCCGCUGUGUAGAAGAGAACUUCGUGCCGUCCCCUUGUGAAGCCGGGGGGAGACCCUGCAGUACAGGCGGAAGGUGUGCAGCCCCCGGAAUCUGCUGCAAUGACGAGAGUUGCAGUUUGGACUCGGCCUGCCUGGACGACGAGAGCGAAAGGCGGCGGGCGCCACUGGAAAAGAACACGACCGUCAUGGACGGCUCAGCCAGCGACUUUCUCCUGCGGCUUAUGCACAUGGCUAACAGACAACAGCAAGCCAAGCACCAAUACUACUGAGCCCCCCACACCCCUGUACCAUUGCCACACGUUUGUAUCACGUAGCUUAUCAUAUGGAGUUUUCUGAUACAAAUCCUGUAUUUAAGAACAAGAUAAAAACACAAAUGGCUGACGUUCAUUGUAUAUAGAGCAAAUAAAAGUCUUUUAUUGCACUGUA